AUGCCCCUAGGCCUUGUGGACCCGCUCUCUCCUACAUCUACUGUUGGUCCUGUCCCGCACCACCCACCACGCUCUCGUUCUCCCAACGCCACGCCCAUGCCCACUCCUCCCCACCAGCCUCGACUCCCGAGCACGCUUGCCUCUCGUAAGCCAUCUGCAGCGAACCUGAGGAGCGUAUCAAACACGCAAACAUCCCCUCUUGUUUCCUCCAAGCUCAGUGCACAGCCAUUGGUCCCACCACCAGCCAAGAGUCCAAAGGUAUCGCGUACAGCACAAGGCGGCCCCGAUGCAACACGUGCGCGCAAGGUGUCUGGAACAUCCACAAGCUCGCCUUACCAACCGCGUUCGCGCGCCCAGUCCCUCGUUUCCCAGUCUGGCGAGUCUGUACAGCUCCGACCUUCCUCGCCCACUAAAAAGGCGCCUGCACUGCCUCACCCAGAGUCUCCGCUCAAUCCAAGUCCCGUCAAGCCCAAGCCUCGAUUGGCCGGCGUUGUCAAUGCCAAUGGCUCUCCUCGUCCCCCUGCUAAAACCCCUGGCUCACGCAAUACUUCCAAUGUCUUUCCUCCGUUGGAAAACAGUAAUAAUAAUAGCAACUAUACUCCGUCUCCUCCCCCACCCAAGCUGCCGGCUGUCGUAUGGCCCGUAGACGAGGAAGAGGAAAGCGUCAAUGGCGAUUGGGCACCGAGCCUUAGACCACCCGUGUCGGGCGGAACGAGCGAAGCCUACGACUUUAGCGGCAUCCCACUCGGCAGCGAAGGCGUUCCCCAGUACAGGGCAGAAGAUGAAAUGACCAUGGAGCUUAUCACUGAAAUCGACGAUGGGGCGAACUCGACGAAGACUGCUCAAACCUCUUCUGCCUCCCAGCUGCACGCUCUCCAGGCCGAGCUCAGGAUGUUGCGUGCCAAGUUGGAGGAGGAGAGGCGGAAGAAGAGGGAGUUGGAGAUGAGUGCUAACAAGGAUCGCGAGGCUCUCAAGGUUGCCCAGAUGAAGUCUGCGCUUCAACAGCCUCAGCCAGCGUCUAUGAACGCUUCCGUAGACCUCUCCACUCUGCUCCGGGGGGAUGGCCAGGGAGGAUUUAACGAGACGGAGAUUAGAAAGGUUGUUAGAGCUAUGAGGGCCUCUGAUAGGCUUCGACUAAUUCAUAUUAUCCUCGAUUCAUGUCUACCAGGCGAUAUAUCAGCCAUGAUCCGUAUGCUUGAGAAAUACGCUGCCUCGACGUUUGAUAUCGUCGGUCAGCAAGAAAUGGCACAUGCUAGUCCGUCACCCCGCCAUAUGGAGACACUUGGAGCCGCUGUACCGUUCCCUGCACCACCGCGAACGCAACUGGGCCACGGGUCAAGUCCAGUCUAUCCGCGGGAGCUACGACGAGACGAUCCGAGUGUGGGAUAUUCGUUCUGGGAGGAGAAAAAGUGUUUGAAGGCCAAGGCUAUCAGUUGUUUGGAUUAUCUACCGGACGAAGAAGUCUUGGUUGCUGGGUUCCACGAUGUCGGACGCGUACAGUUAUUCUCCACCGUCACUUGGCAGCCUAUCCAAACUCUGCAAGGACACUUGUACGGUAUUCGUGCGGUCGCGCUUUCGCCCAAGUACCUCGUAUCGGCUGGAGCAGACAAGGCGCUCGUGUGCUGGGACUGGAGAGCUGGUCAAAAGACUGACGAUGGUGUUUUUAUUACCAAGAUUGUUCGGUUCGGUCAACAGACAAACUUGAAUAUCGGUGUUCAGAUUGUGGACGAGGACGAGGAGGAUCGUGGGACCUUUUCGAUCCCGAGACGAGAAAUGUUGAGCCAGUUUAAGCUUUCUGAGCUUGGUGGUUCGGAUCCUGUUUUGUCUGCCAAGUUGAGCACUGUGGGAGUUGGAAGUGCGAACAUGCUCCACCAAGGGCAAACAAAUGACAUGCGCGACCAAAAAUAUCAUUCUCACCUCGAACACGAAGACCCGAGCCGUCCACCUCGCUCGCAUCGUCCGUCGAAACGCUGCCGAAGGCCCCGUCCCCACCCAAAUCCAAGCCGCUCACGCCGCCCACCACUGCACACACCCGCCCACGACACAGUCUCGCCGUCCCUCCCCGCCAGAAUCACGCAGCAUGCCCCUGCACAGCCGGAAAUCGAUGGGUGCGCUGCUGUCGCCCGCCACGACCACGCACCGGGUGUCGUCGAUGUAUGCGCCCAACCGGCCGGGCACGGCGCUUGGCGCCCGACCGGGGACAUCGAUGGGCCGUCCUGGGACCUCAAUGGGCGGCGGGUCCCCGAAUCGAGUGGAGAAGAGGCCGGCCAAGCCGCCGGUCUUGUUGAGCGUGGUGGAUACGCCGGAUGUGGCGUUGGCGCUGUGGAUCCCAAGAAGCGGCGCGUGGCGACGAGUACGCGGUUUAGUUCGAGGUUGGGUGCGGAUCGUCGGAUCUUCGUAUCGACGUAUAACCUCACCAUGUCCCAUACCGCUAACGGCAAACCCAACCGGAAGAAUUGCCCGAACCUCAACCGGAUUGCGACACUGGGAGGAGCAUGGGCUGCGCUGGCUGAAGAGUCCGAAUACGGCUGGCCCGCGCAGUUUAAUGUCCCAGCCGGGUUCAAGGGGCUCGCCACUCCGGAAAAGAACCCGAUGGCAAUGGCCUUGUCUCAUGAAGAGGUCGUAGUUGGAACUGCUGACGGAACAAUCUAUGUGAUGAGUUUUGUGGGAUAUCAGUACAAGGCUUCCAAGGAGAACUUGCUCGAGGGAUUGACUCUGGAAGAGAUCGAGGAGGACCAAGAUCAGGAAGAGGGGGAGGAGUAA